GUAUAUACAUUGGAUAAUUAUGAAUUUUUUUAUUUUUAAUUUAUAUUUGUAAUUUUAUAUAUACCAAAACUUACAUGAUCAAUCAUAAUUAUUAACUUUUAUAUCAUGUAUCUCGAUUAAACAUUGCAAUCAGAUAUGAGUUAAGAAAUGUAUUUGUUUCACGUAGCACGUGUCACAUAUAAAGUGCGUAGAUGUUAAAUCAAUUAAUAAAUAAUAAUUAAAGUGAAUUUUAUAAUUCCAGGUAUGAUGUAGAUGAAUAUAUAUAGAUCAGAUAUAAUAAGGAUUUAAAUAUAUCAUGAUUUUGCAUUAAUUAAGGCCCAAUACGAUUAAACUUGUUAUUUAUACGAACGAAAAGGAAUUUUUGAUUAUUUUAUCAAUUAUAUACUUCAGGACUUUUAAUAAAAAGAUAUAUUAGAAAAAGUAAAUAUGCAGACAAGAAGGAAAUGUUCUCAAUCUUAUAAGACAAAAAUUACAAAAGGAAAUUCUAAUCGUAAAAAAGAAAAUUUAUCAAUACAAUAUAAAAAUUUACAAUCAAAGUUAGGAUUGAAAGAUCUACGUAUCAUCUUGCGUGAUAUUGCUGCAGACAAUUUAAUUCCAUCACAUCAGCAGUAUUUGAUUACUAAAAAAAUUGACUCUGCAAAGGCAAUUAAUAAAUGUAAGAUAAAUACAAAUAAAAAGACCAAUCCAAAGAAAAGAAAAUCUUCAGUUAAUGGUAAAAGAAAAUUAAUACAUUCUAAAGUUAAAUAUUCUUCUAAAACUAUUAAAAAAAAAUCUUCCUCAAGAACUAUUAAAGAACAUGGCUCAAAGAAAAGAAAAGAAACAAAAGAAAAAAUAGACAAACAACUAAAUGUUGAUACAAAUCCAUCGUAUACAAAAGAACAAGAAACUUAUUUUGUUAAACCCUUACUUUCUAUUGAUAAUGACAAUGUAGAAAAAUAUAAAUUAGAUAUAAAUGAUACUGUUGAAUAUACACAGAAACACAAACAUACAGAUUUAUCUAUUGUUACCACAAAUUGUAAUACAAAUUUAUUUUCUGAUAUAUCUAAUGAAAAAGUAUCAAUACCUUAUAUACAUAUUAAGAAUGAAUUAAAGAAGCAAGAUUUAAAUUCCAAAAAAAAUUCUGAGAUUGACUUUAUUAAUAAUCAAAAUUUAAAAGAUAAAUGUUUGGAUGAGAAAAUGCAUAGAAAAUUUUCAGAAGAAAUGCAAAUUGUUCCAUGGACUUCAAAAGACAUAAAAAAAAUGGAUGUUCAAAAUUCUGAGAAAAAGAAAAUAUUACCAAAAAUAAUAAAUAAUAUUCUAAUUAAAAAUAUAAUAAUAUUAGUAAAGGAACGUGAUAAUAAUAGUACACAGAUAUCAAAUAAUUCACAGCAUAUGAAUCAUUCUACAGAUAUAGUAUCAAAAGUAGAUAUUAAUGAGAGUUCCUUGGUUAAAGUAUCUAAUAGAGUAGCCGAACUGACAGUAGAUAAUGUACAUGAGUUUAUUGAAAAUCACGAACAGAGUUAUUUGUUGCAACUACAGAUUAAUAAUUCAUCAAAUAUAGCUGAUAUAAAUGUCUGUAACUCAGUUAAUGAUAAGUAUACUAAUACAGUGUUACAACUUAAAAAAGAUGAUAAAUCUGUUUCUCAUAAAAAAAGAAACUGGUUUGGACAAAAGGAAGAAAUGCUAUUAAAUAAGACUGGUAAUAAAAAAUUUAAACUCGAUAGAACAUAUAUACAACAAAAAAGUUUCAGUAUGAAAAAUAAUUUUCUAUUUAACAGUAAUAACUCUAAUUUAUUUUCCAAAUGUGAUGACGUAAAUGUAACUGAUAAUAAUGUGUUACAAAAUACAGAUAAUCAUAUAACUUUGAAUUCUAAUAAUGAUACUAAUAGUAAUACUUCAUAUAAAAUACAAAUUAUGCAAGAAUCAAUGAAGGCUGGUUUUGAUACAAAGAAUGUUUCUAAUAGUUCAUACACAAUAUUUGAUUUAGAUAAUGAAAAGAAUGAAUCGAUACCAACGAAAGAAUAUAGUACAAAUACAGAAAAUAUCGAUGAAGACAAUUUGAAUGAAGAUAGAAUAUCAGCUUGCAGCAUACAACCAAAUGAACAAAAACAAGUAGAAAAUAGAACACAAGGUGAUAGUAGUGACGAUGAUUGUAUUUCCUUAUAUGCCGAAACAUUCACAUCUCGAGAUGAGACUUUUAUAUUAAAUAAUGAAACUAAAGCAAUGACUGAUUGUAAAAUGAUAGAGAAAGAUCAGAAUACUUUUGGUACAAAUAUACAACAUAAUAUUUUAAAAUGCUCUAAAACAUUUGAUACUAUUGCAGAACCAGAUAUUUCAAUAAAUAAAGAAUUUUCAAAUUCAGAGGACAUAAUAAAAUAUGACAAUACACAAACAAGUCAUAUUUCUUCUACGGAAAUAUUACUUGCUAAUUCUAAAACUAUUACUUCUAUUGAUUCUGUUUCAGUAAAUAAUAACAAAAACUCACUUCUUAAUAGUAAUUGUAAUGCAUACAAUGCUAAUAUUGUUUCUAAUGAUAAAACUGUAAUUCAACAUAUUGAGAAAAUACAACUAUGGAAAUAUAAGAUAUAUAUAAAGGGUUAUUGUUAUGGAAUGAUAAAAAAUGGUCUUUGCCUUAAAAAGAAGUGUUAUUACGAACAUGAUUUACAAAAAUUAAUUGAUAAAAUUAUUUAUGAAUAUAAACAACAUCUUACGGAUAUAAUAGAUUAUUUAUGGUCUUUGGGACAUAUAUAUUUUAUAGAAAUACUAUAUAUUCGUAUUGUAGAAGAACUUGAUAUAACUUCUAUUAUGAAUAUAUAUGAAAAGUUUUAUUUACAAAAAAAAGUACAUUUACAAGUUAUUUCUGCUACUAUAAGAGCAUUCUUGAAUAAGGGAAUGAAUCCAAGUCAUGUAGUAAAUAAUUUAUGCAAAACUCUUACUUGUAAUGAUAAAUUAACACCAUAUUAUAUAUUAAUAUCAAUCAAACAAAGAAUAAAGUCUGAUGAAUAUUGGAACACCUUGCGUACUCUAAUUAAAUUUAUAAAGCCAGACAAAGAAAUUAUUGAAACAAUAUUAAAUGAUUGCAUAAUAAAUCGCCGUAAUAUUCAAGAUGUUUAUAUAAAUUUAAUAAAAAAGUUACAUACUAAUGAAAUAUAUCAAUUGGAUACAAAUUUAAUGUCAUCUUUUAAUAAUUUAUUACAACAUGAAUAUCAAAAUUGCUAUGAUGAAAUGUCUUCAAGAUCAGUAGAUAAUAAUGAAAGCUUUUAUAAUAAAUCAUAUACGUUACAUUCAAUUAGUAAUUUAUCUAAACCACAUUCUCUGUACAGAAAUAGAUUUCGGAACUUAUAUCUGAUGCUAAAUAAUCUAGAGGAAAAAUUAUUACAUGAAGAUUAUGACUAUGUUAUUAAUAUGUUAAAUAUAUAUCAAGAAACAGAUGAUAAUCAAUCAUUAUAUUCUCGUAGCUGUUUUCGAAUAUUCUGUGCGGAAAUAAAGCAUUCAGAAUAUCAUAUAUCUAAGAUUAUUAAACGUGCAGUCCAAACAGGUGCAAUCAAUGUCGUAUGUAAAAUAUUACUGGAUGUUGCCAUAUAUAUUUUAACGAGAUUAGUUGUAGAUGAAAUUUGGAUACAAGCAUAUAAAUUACUAAAAACCUUACAAAUAUGUAAUGUACAUUAUGAUGCUGCUUUUGUUAUCUUGUCAGCUGAAAUUUAUUUAGCAAAUAAUCAAGCUAUUACAGCAUUCAUGUUACUUAAGCAAAGCAAUAUAAUAAGUACAAAUCGUAAAAAUUGGAAUGUCAUAAGUAAUUCUGAAGAUUAUUAUCUUAGAACAAAGAUAAUAAGCAUUUUAUUGGAUGCACUUUGUGAAAAAUCUUCAGAAUAUGUAUUUUUUAUGUUUCAAUUUUUAAUCAAAGAUCAAGCUAAUAGUUUUGAGCCUAUAAAUCUUGCAUGUUAUGUAGACAAAUUGAUGCUAAAAUUUUUAACAAAGAAAGAAACUGAGUUGAUUGUUAAAAUGGGAUAUAUGAUAAUUGAAUAUAACUUCACAUUUGCUAAUAAUUUGACGUGUCGUGCUGCAAUAGCAACUUUAGUUCACAGUAAUAUGAUACUUGCUGAACGAUUGUAUCAAUAUGCAUCCGGUCUUGGCAUAUAUAGGACAAUAGAGAUAUCAUCUUUCAUACAAAUCUUAAUAAAUGCUGAUUGGGUAGAAGAAGAAAUAUAUCUAAUGUUUCUGGGUUUUUUUCGAAGACUCGCCAUGAAUGUCGGUCAUAGUAUCGAUCGUUUCAACUCUACGCAAUUAUCUAUAUAUAUUAUUUUUGAGGAUAUACCAACAGAAGCAAACCUUUAUCAUGAAAAAUCCUAUGAUCAAGAAAAAAAACAAAUAAACAUUAGUAAACAAUUGGUAAGACAGGUAUUACGUACUCGAUUUGAUCCAUCAUUAACAAUGAUAGGAAAAAUAAAUGAUACAAUAAUGCAAUUGAACAUUAUGUCAGUUAUAGAUUAUUUAAAGUUUGUAUUGUAAAAACUAUAUUUGAUAAAAAUGUAUACUUCAAAGAUAUUGUUUCAAUCCAGAUAUAUAUAAAAAUUUUAUAAGAAGAUUAAGAACAAUUCUUUAAA